CGAAUCGUGAACCCGCGGAUAAAUCAUAUACGUUUUAUAUUCACCUGUUGAUAAAAUGAGGUGCUGGGCCAUCAUAACUGGCGUAUUUUUUGGUUUAAGUUUUGUAUCACACCAUUGCGAAGCAUCAUUGCUAAGAUUGAAAGGGCCUCGUGGCGCAAAUGGCACUGGUCGUGUUGAAGUAUUCUACAAUGGAACCUGGGGAACAAUUUGUGAUGAUGGAUGGGAUUUGAAAGUUGCCAAGGUUGUAUGUCGUCAACUUGGUUAUCGAGAUGCUGUUCGAACCCUUGAGAGAGACGAGGUUCCUUCUGGUUCAGGCCAAAUAUGGUUAUCGUACGUCUCUUGCAGCGGAGAUGAGCGAAAUAUAACAGGCUGUUUUUACGAUGGCUGGGGGGAAAUUUCUUGUUCACAUCAUGAAGACGCAGGAGUUGAAUGCACAAAUACAGAUUUCACUGGUAUACCUGUGAGAGUGAGGUUACAAGGACCUUCAAGUGAAAAUGGCACUGGUCGUGUUGAAGUACUUUAUCAUGGAUAUUGGGGAACAAUCUGUGAUGAUGGAUGGAGUAUGAGAGACGCUAGCGUUGUUUGUCGUCAACUUGGUUAUCAAGAUGCCGGUCGAAGUCUUCAGAGAAACGAGGUUCCUUCUGGUACAGGCCAAAUAUGGUUAUCUGAGGUCUCUUGUACCGGGAGUGAGCAAAACAUAUCAAGUUGUUCUCACCAUGGUUGGGGAAAUCAUCGUUGUUCGCAUAAUGAAGACGUAGGAGUUGUUUGUACAAAAACAGAUUUCACUGGUAUACCUGUGAGAGUGAGGUUACAAGGACCAUCAAGUGAAAACGGCACUGGUCGUGUUGAAGUACUUUAUCAUGGAUAUUGGGGGACAAUCUCUGAUUAUGGAUGGGAUAUGAAAGAUGCUAAAGUUGUAUGCCGUCAGCUUGGUUAUCUUGAUGUUGCAAAGAUGCUACAGAGGAACGAGGUUCCUUCUGGUUCAGGACAGAUAUGGUUAGAUAACGUCGCUUGUACUGGCGAAGAACAAAACAUCUCAAGCUGUUUUCACCCUGGUUGGGGGGUUUCCGGUUGUGAUCAUUCUCUGGACGCUGGCGUAGAAUGCAGUUCAACAGAAAUUACCGCUACGCCUGUGAGACUAAGAUUACAAGGCCCAUUAAGUGCAAACGGUACUGGUCGCGUUGAAGUACUCCAUCAUGGAUAUUGGGGUGCAAUAUGUGCUCGUAGAUGGGACAGAAAAGAUGCAAGGGUUGUAUGUCGUCAACUUGGUUAUAAUCCAGACGAUGCAAAGACUUUUCAGUGGAACCUAGUCGCUCCUGCCUCUGGACCGUUAUGGUUAAAAAAUGUCCGUUGUAUUGGAGAUGAACAGAAUAUUACAAGUUGUUCUUAUGAUGGUUGGGGGUUUACUUCAUGCUCCUCCGAUGGAGUGGCAGGUGUACAUUGCUACACGAUAGACUUCACUGGUGUACCUGUCAGACUUAGAUUACAAGGACCAUUAAGUGCCAAUGGCACUGGUCGGGUUGAAGUAUUAUAUCAUGGAUAUUGGGGGACAAUCUGUGAUGAUGGAUGGGAUAUAAAUAAUGCCCGGGUUAUUUGUCGUCAACUUGGUUAUCGAGAUGUCGUUCGAACUCUUCAGAGAAACGAGGUUCCUUCUGGUUCAGGACAAAUAUGGUUAUCGUGCGUUAAUUGCACCGGAAAUGAGCAAAAUAUAACAAAUUGUUCUCACGGUGGUUGGGGAAAUCAUCGUUGUUCACAUGAUAAAGACGCGGGAGUUGAAUGCACAAAUGCAGAUCUCACCGCUUUACCUGCCAAACUGAGAUUACAGGGUCCUUCAAGCGCUAAUGGCACUGGACGUGUUGAGAUAUUCUACAAUGGAACCUGGGGAACAAUCUGUGAUAAUGAAUGGGAUAUGAGAGAUGCUAGAGUUGUUUGUCGUCAACUUGGUUACAUAGAUGCAUCCAGAGCCCUUGACGGUCGCCAGGUUCCUUCUGGUUCUGGGAAAAUAUGGUUGUCUAACGUCGAAUGUACUGGGGACGAACAAAACAUAACACAAUGUUUACACGAUGGUUGGGGAAAUCAUUCAUGCUCUCAUGAUGAAGACGCCGGAGUUGAAUGUUUAACCGCAAAUUUUUCCGCUAUACCUGUGAGACUGCGGUUACAAGGCCCGUUAAAUGCAAGUGGAAUUGGUCGUGUCGAAGUCCUCUUCUAUGGACAAUGGGGAGCAAUCUGUGAUCAUGAUAGUAGAUGGGAUAUGAAAGAUGCUAAAGUUGUAUGUCGUCAACUUGGUUAUCAAUAUGUUGUUAGGACCCUUCAAAGACACGAGGUUCCAACCAAUUAUAAAAGGGUAUGGUUGGAAUACAUCGAUUGUACAGGGAAAGAAGAAAAUAUAGAAAGUUGUUCUCUUAGUAGCUGGGGGGAUAGACAUUGCUCUGAUGAUGAAGUUGUUGGUGUUGAAUGCGCAACAAAAGAUGUCACUGGUAUUCCUGUUGAACUAAGGUUAAAAGGAUCAUUGAGUUCUAAUGGUUCAGGGCGCGUCGAAAUAUCCUAUCGCGGACGAUGGGGAACAAUUUGUGGUGAUGGAUGGGAUAUGAAAGAUGCUAGGGUUGUAUGUCGUCAACUUGGUUAUCAAGAUGCUAGUGAGGCUUCUUCUAGUGGAACACUACCACCCCGUUCUGGACCGGUAUGGUUAACACAAGUUUCGUGUACCGGGGAGGAAAGAAAUAUAGCAAAUUGUUCUCAUAGGGGUUGGGGAAAGGUUCGUUCUUGCUCUAAUCUUGGAGACGCUGGAGUUCAAUGUUUUUGGAAAACAGAAAAAGAAAAGUCACGUGGGGAACAGGAGAGAGCAGCUGAAUGGCCUAUAUUUAUGAUCAUACCAGCAGUCAUCAUCGCUGGGAUUAUCAUUGCUAGUGUUGCGAUAUUUUAUCCUCGCCAAAGGUUAAGAAGAAGAAGGAAUAUUGAACCUGAUUCCAAAUCUGAACAUACAAUUAAAAAUCCAGUUUACGGGGAGUUGGAUCAUGUCGGUCUCAAACAAAACUAUCACGAGUCAGGAGAAGCUGCAGAUAACGCCGGUUACGUCACACUAAUUGAUUAAAAUCAGCGCUUGCGAUUCUUUGCUAAUGUUGUCUUAAAAAAUGUAGUGUAGUGCGAAUCAUUUUCAGUUUGUUUUGAUACGAGCUGAGGUUAUAUAUUUUUUUGAUAAUUAACAAUAAGACAGCGAAACCGUGGAUUUCCGCUCCAUAAGAGCGAAGUGAACGAGACGUGGCCGUUUCUAUAACUGCACAUGAACACAGGAAAAAUGUUUUCUAUUUCUUUGAUUAUGUAACUCAAAAAAAGAUAUCCU